AUGACCGUGGCCGGGUUACUUCCGAUAUUACUUGCUAUUGGCAACGAAGCUCCGCUCAGUGUGAUCGACAGUGCGUUCAACAACUUCAAUGCAGAGUACCUCUAUGGAUCAGCGACAGCUCAAAUUCCGGAUACCGUAUCAUUCAACGCUGAGUACGAUUUUAUAAUUGUGGGUGCAGGAAUCGCUGGUUGUGUAAUAGCAAACCGCUUGACGGAAAAUCCACAAUGGAAUGUGCUACUUUUAGAAGCUGGAAAAGAAGAGAAUAUUAUUUUCAGUGUUCCUUUAGCUCAAACCUUGACUCUUCAGCAAACAGCAUACGUAUGGAACUAUUAUCCUGAGCCAAUGACUAAAUCAUGUGCAGGACUAUUGAACGGUGUAUGUCGGUGGCCUAGAGGGGUUGGCCUCGGUGGUUGUAGUUUGAUAAAUGGAAUGAUCUACACUCGUGGACAUGAACAGGACUUCAAUAACUGGUCUCAAGCUGGAAACUACGGAUGGAGCUUUAGUGAUGUAUUGCCGUAUUUUCACAAAGCCGAAAACAGUUACGUUCAGCUGUCACAAAAUCCGUAUGAAACUAAAGUUCUAUCUGCCUUCGUGCAAACUUUGCCAGACUUUGGUUACCACGAAAUUGAUCCCAAUGACAGCAAACCUAUCGGAUUCUACAAACUACGAUCAACUACAGUGAAUGGACAACGGUACAGUGCUUCACGUUACUACCUACAUCCAGUGAGGAAUAGGCUCAAUUUACACAUUUCGGUAAAAUCAUUCGUUACAAAAAUACUAAUCAACCCGAAAACUAAAAUCGCGUAUGGUGUUGAAUUUGAAAAAAAUAACAGAUGCUACAGGAUCUUUGCGAGAAAAGAAGUUAUUCUUUCCGCGGGGUCUCUAUCAAGCCCUAAACUGUUAAUGCUGUCCGGCAUUGGACCAAAGGAACAUCUGGAAUCAUUAUCAAUUCCUGUUAUCAAAUCACUCGAUGUCGGCUACAAUUUGCACGAUCACAACCUUUAUCCUAAUCUGACAUUUUUUCCAAAUCAACCAAUUACUAUGGAUCUGGAGAAAAGUACUGCACAGCAUUUCGCGGAUUAUAUUGCAAACGGAACGGGUCCAUUCUCGAUUCCUGGAAGAUUUGAAGCAAUAUCGUUUCUGAAAACAAGCGAUUCCUUUAUUGCAAACGACUACCCUGAUGUUGAAUUGCUACUUGCUUCCGCAUCCAUAAACCGUGACGAUUCCAGUCGUGCCAUGGAAUUUCUAGGCCUAACAGAAGCGCUAUACAAUGCAAACUUCGCCAAGAGUCCAGACAAUGACAAUUUUUCUUUCUAUCUAAUACUGCUGCAUCCUAAAAGCCGAGGUCGUUUACUGCUAAAAAGUAGAAAUCCCUUCGAGCAACCCCAAAUAAACGCCAACUACUUCGACGUUCGAGAAGACUUGGAAACGUUUGUAAAAGGCCUAAAGUUAGCUUCUUUUCUGGGAGAAUCUCAAUAUUUUGCCGAAUAUGGCUCGAAGUUGAGCCGAGCACCGGUCGCUGGUUGUGAAAAUCAUCUCUACGGUAGUGACGGUUACUGGGAGUGUUGCAUUCGUCAGUUCGCCACAACAACCCACCAUCAGUCCGGAACGUGCAAAAUGGGACCGGCAAGCGAUCGAUCCGCAGUUGUCGAUCCUACACUGCAAGUGUAUGGCAUUCAGGGACUUCGAGUGGUCGAUGCUUCCAUAAUCCCUCAACCGAUGGCAGGACAUCCAAUGGGAGUUCUGUAUAUGAUUGGUGAGAAGGUUUCCGAUAUUAUUAAACAGAGUUGGCCCUCGGAGAGGAUUGACCGAAAGAGGGGAAGGCUGUGUAAAAUGCGUCGAUAUAAGUUUGGCUAUGAAUGUUGA